AUGCCCGUGAAACGACUGAAGAAAGAGCAAAUGCGGUUAAGGACGCUUUCAAGUUUGCGUGGGAAGGCUAUAGAAGAUAUGCGUUUCCAGAUGAUGAACUACAUCCAGUGUCAAAUACAUCAGGAAACUCGCGUGGAGCAAAUCCUAGACCACAUCGCUACAAUCGAUUAUUCAAAGACAGAUACCAUGUGCAGUUUAUUCGAAACCACCAUUCGCUACCUGGGAGGCAUGAUAUCAGCCUAUGAUCUAUUGAAGGGUCCCAGUUCUCACCUCGUAUCGGAUCCUGCGAAGGUGGACGUGUUGCUGGAACAAUCAAAAAACCUGGCUGACGUCCUGAAAUUUGCGUUUGAUACCAAGUCAGGCAUCCCGGCAAAUGGGUUGAACAUCACGGCUCAAAAAACGGAUGGUGGUACCACCAACGGUAUUGCCACAAUAGGUACCCUAGUUCUGGAGUGGACUCGCCUUUCGGACUUGACAAAUAGCGCAGAAUAUGCCAAACUGGUACAAAGGGCGGAGUCACAUCUGCUUAAUCCGAAGCCCUCAUCUGCUGAGCCCUUCCCUGGUCUGAUCGGUCAAAACCUCGACAUUAACACGGGGCUUUUUCAAGACGACUAUGUUAGCUGGGGAGGAGGGUCGGACUCGUUUUAUGAAUAUCUCAUCAAGAUGUACGUUUACGACCAGAAACGAUUUGGAAAGUACAAAGAUAGAUGGGUUGCUGCUGCCGAAUCCACCAUGGAGCACCUUAAAUCCUCCCCUUCUCACAGACCAGACUUGACGUUUGUGGCAACGUAUUCCAGGGGGACAUACAGUCUCCAAUCUGGUCAUUUGAACUGUUUUAACGGUGGUAACUUCCUCUUAGGCGGUCAGGUUCUCGGGCGGGGCGACUUCACAGACUUUGGGCUUAAGCUUGUGGAUGGCUGUCAGGCAACGUAUUCAGCGACCGCGACGAAAAUAGGGCCUGAAGGGUUUGGCUGGGACCCCAAAAAGGUCCCAGAGAACCAACGGGACUUCUAUAAGAAGGCUGGCUUUUAUAUCACGACCAGCUACUAUAAUCUUAGGCCGGAGGUCAUCGAGAGCAUUUACCAUGCAUAUCGGAUGACAAAGAAUCGUAAAGUAAGCGAAGCUGAUAGCUGCUUCUCAAACCUGAAGUCGUCUCACGUUUUUAUCUGCAGUACCAACAAUGGGCAUGGGAUGCCUUCGUAG